AUGGCAUUGGAGAAAAUUGAGGAGGUUGCAGCCCGAGGUUCUAUCUGUGUACGAUCAGAGCAGCUUUCUUUUCCUAAAAUUGUUGGUUUGAACAAGAUGGAAAAGAGGAUGGCAAUCCUAAGUACAACGGGUAACCCUGAACCAGAAAUAGAAGAAACCGAUGCCAAGGUCGAUCGUAUCACUUCAUUGCCAAAAGAAGUCAUGGCAGAUAUUCUAUCUCGCUUGACCAUGGAGACUUUCUUGGACGCAUCCUUUCAAGCAAAUGGAGACUUUCUUGGACGCAUUUUAGAGGCUUUCUGGGCUUUGAUGCAUCCGCUAAAUGUCCAUCGCUUGAGGUUUAUAGCUUCUGAUGCAUCGGUAAACCUGAAAUGCUUGGAGCUAAGAAACUGCCAUUUCCUGAAGAAGGUUGAAAUUUAUGCUGUCAAUCUCGUGUCAUUGUUUUACAAUGGGAGAUAUGGUGUCCCUAUUGCUUUGAAUCUACCCCAUCUCCUGGAGCUAUUAGUUGGAGGAAACUAUUUAUCUCAAAUUUAUCACCUUUCGCAGCUCCAAAUCGAUCUCUCACAGUUGGAGUCUCUUAGUUUCGAUGUGUCCGAAGCUAAAGCUUGGCCGUUCCUUAAGAACAUUCCCACACUGAGUAAUCUCAAGCAUUUGGAAUUGGAGAGCGGAAUUACAUGUGUUUCCCAAUCUUUCCCUUCUUUCACUUUACUGCUAACAGCGGCUCCUUUCUUACAUACAUUUACGCUCAAGAUUAUGUUCUGCUUAGAUUGGCCAUCCAGGGAGUCAUCACAGACAACGAUCUGCUCAAAUUGCUCAGCCAGGGAGCUAUCGAAGAUCUCAUUGGAAAAUCCUCAUCCAAGCUUUAAAGUUGUGGAACUGUAUGGGUUUGUCAGGGUUCCAGCCGUAAUGGAGAUGGUUUUCCACUUGCUUGAGAAUGCUCCGCUGCUUGAGAAGUUAAUGAUUGAUCCAUGCCCGCCAUGUUACCUUGACAGCAGAAAAGAGUCUAGGUUUAGAGAAUCAUGGGAUUACAAAUCUGCUAAGCAGCAGGCUAUGGAGCUGCAAUCAAAGAUACCUCCAGGAAUUGAAUUUAUAGUGGCAUAAGAUAAUACUAACAUAUUGUCAUAAGAUACAGUCGUACUGGAAAUAUUGGAAACAGUGUACCCUGGCUCGAUGAAUACCCCUCAAGCCCCUAGAGUUGCUAAGAUUUGUGCAUGGAUAAUAUUUGGUUAUGCUUGGAUUGCUUUCAGGGGCGCAGC